UGGCGACAACCAGUUGAUGAUCUCUAGCGCUCGCGGCCAUAUAAGUAGUGCAUAAAAAGAGAUCGAUUUGACGUUCUGUCCGUGCGAGUUAGUUUUCUUCGACCCGCCAAAAACUCUCAUAUGCAUUUACCAACAAUAAUAACGUGUCGAUAGCACGCAAUAAUCAUAAUUUUUAUGAAAUUUGCAACUGCACUGAUCCAGAGACACCGUCGAGAUGACGACCGCUUUCUACUUGGAGCAUUAUCUGGACAGUUUGGAGCAUCUUCCUACCGAGCUGCGAAGAAAUUUUAAUCUUAUGCGUGAUCUUGAUACAAGAGCACAAUUGUUGAUGAAGGAUAUUGACAAAUUAGCAGACGAGUAUUUAAAAAAUAUGAAGAAAGAAGCAACAGAGCAAAAGAAUGAAAAGUUGACUCGCAUACAAAAUCUUUUUAAUAAAGCAAAAGAGUAUGGUGAUGAUAAAGUCCAAUUGGCCAUACAGACGUAUGAACUUGUCGAUAAACACAUACGAAGGCUAGACUCAGACCUGAUGAGGUUUGAGGCAGAGAUCCAGGACAAAGCAAUUAGCAGUAACAGAGCACAAGAAGAGAGUGGAGCCACUAAAAAGGGCAGGAAAAAACUCAAAGAGAAGGAGAAGAGGAAGAAAGGCACUGCAAGUAGUGAAGAUGAAGCAAAGGGAGCAAGGAAAAAGCAAAAGAAAGGCAGUUCUAUUGUGUCUGCAGCAGUGGCUGGUGCAGCAGGUAGUGGAUCUCAAGGAGAAUCAAGCACACUCAGCCAUCCAGCAGAUGUUUUGGACAUGCCAGUAGACCCGAACGAACCUACCUACUGUGUGUGUAAUCAAGUUUCGUAUGGUGAAAUGAUUGGUUGUGAUAAUCCUGAUUGUGGCAUCGAAUGGUUCCAUUUUGCAUGCGUUGGGCUGACAACAAAACCAAAGGGAAAGUGGUUUUGUCCCAAGUGUACUCAAGAUCGCAAAAAAAAAUAAAAGUAGAGCAAUUUCAAAUCUUUGUAACAAAGAUUUGGACCGUCCUAAAUUCAAACUUGAUAGUGCUCUUCGUGAUCAUUGACAUUCUUCGUUCAUUGAAUGACAAAGAAAGUAUUGCUGUAAAUCAUUAGAUCAAUUGAUUUAAAAGAACUACAGCGAUUAGACUUAUUAAGGUGAGAUAUCUUCCAACUGGCUACUCUCUCCUUGCAUAAAAAUAAUGAUCUCUAUUGAGAAGAAAUUUUAUCGUUUUCAUUUUAUCAUUAAAAGACAUCCUUUGUUGCCUUUUGCAUAUAUUUUAUAGGCCACUUUCAAGGUGUCAACUUCGACUAUUUUUAAGCCUAAUCGUCGAAUGACAAUUACGGGUCGUGAUUGUCGUUAUUUUAGAUUUUUAAAUGUUUUAUAUUUUAUGGUCUUGUAAAGUUUAUUGUACAGUGAGGUUGUAAUAAUGUAUUGAUAUAAAAAAAAUCAAUUGUGUAUCUUGGUACAUAGUAAAGCGCUUUCUCGUUAAUCAUGAAAAUCAAACAUUAUACAAUUCACUCAAACAAAAUUGCAAGACUUUAGUACUGUUGAAAUAGAUUAUGUAAAUCAAUACACUGUAGUUAUUAAUAUAUAUUGUAAUUAAUAAAUAUAUUUGAUUUUGCAAUAA